ACAGGAGGAAACAACAGGAGGAUGUGUUAGGAGGAGACAACAGAAGGAGACAACGGGAGGAGGCGACAGAAGGAGACAACAGGAGGAGGUGUCAGGAGGGGGCGUCAGGAGGAGACAACAGGAGGAAACAACAGGAGGAUGUGUUAGGAGGAGACAACAGAAGGAGACAACGGGAGGAGGCGACAGGAGGAGGUGACAUCAGGAGGAGGUGUUAGAAGGAGACAACAGAAGGAGACAACAGGAGGAGGCGACAGAAGGAGACAUCAGGAGGAGGUGUCAGGAGGAGGCGUCAGGAGGAUACAACAGGAGGAGGCAUCAGGAGGAGGCGUCAGGAGGAGACAUCAGGAGGAGGCGUCAGGAGGAUACAACAGGAGGAGACAUCAGGAGGAGGCGUCAGGAGGAUACAACAGGAGGAGGCAUCAGGAGGAACGAACCACCAUAAAUCUGGUCAUGUGAUCCAUUUCAUGCCUGAUUCCCCGGAUGUUACUAGUCUGUAUAGCAGCUGGGACCGUACCCUCUCUCGGCACUAGGGGGCAGUAAGUGUCGCUAGACGUUAACAGCAGUUAACCGGAAAAAGGAGGACCAGAGGAGGAGAGAAGGAAGUCGCAGCCUGUCGGCGCUCUUCAGCGACCUCUGUGACCUCUGACAGCAUGCUGGAGCAUCAGGCCCACCGGGUCAUGGCGCUGACAGAGUGGGAGGAGCGUUGGCAGAACAACCGGAUCGGGUUCCACCAGCCCGCCGUGCACACGAUGCUGAAGACUCACCUGGAGGAGGUUGUGAGUGGUCGGACGGGAGUUCGCUUCUUCUUCCCUCUGUGUGGGAAAGCUGUGGACAUGAAGUGGUUGGCUGAUCUGGGUCACUUGGUGGUCGGGGUGGAGUUCAGUGAAAAAGGGAUCCGUGAGUUCUUUGAGGAGAACAACCUGUCGUACACCGAGGAGCCGGUUCCUUCCAUACCUGGAGCCCGACUGUUCAAGAACUCUGAGAAGAACAUCUUCUUGUAUCGCUGUGACCUGUUUAGCGUCUCCAGCUCCGUUGCAGGUCAGUUUGGAGCCAUCUGGGACCGAGGCUCUCUGGUGGCCAUCAACCCGAAGGACAGGGAGAGGUACGCGGGUCUCAUCGUGUCCCUGAUGGCCGUGGACUGCCGGUACCUUCUGGACACGCUCCUGUAUGACCCGGAGAAAUACGGAGGUCCUCCGUUUCUGGUCCCUGAUGCUCAGGUCCAAAGUCUGUUCGGAAGCUGCUGCGACGUGAAGCAUCUGCAGUCGGUGGACGCGCUCACAGACAGAACUCGGGCUUGGGGUCUGGACUCUUUAACCGAAAACGUCCACCUGAUCACCCUGAAGGACGCCGGAGCACAAACACAACCCAGAUGACGUCGGGAAGAACCAGAACCUCCAGAGUUUCAUCAACAACCACAACAGAAAGUCCUCUCAUUUAAUGUAAUGACUUCACCGAUGUUAACGAGCUUAACGAGCUUUUUGUUGUUCUGACAAAGAAAUCAGGUUUGUGUCGAACUUCAACAAUAAAUGAUUCAAACAG